AUGGCAGUUGUGACAGGUGUGGGGGGCUUUGUUGCAUACCAUGCCACUCGUGCUCUGAUCAAUCUAGCCCAUGGUGACAGCGACAUAGGCAAAACUAGCCAACAGGCCUCACCAGGAGCUGACAAUGGGAUAAACACCAGUAAAGACUAG